AUGUUCCUCUCCAGAAGCCGCGUCGGCACGUAUGCCGUGGCUGUCAUCCUGUUUGUUAUCUUCGUCUUACAUCUCAGGCCAUCCGCAUUUUCGUCAGGAGCUGGUCGAUACAGACGCCCAGAGAACUCAGAUCCAAACAAAUUCAGCUGGAGCAAGCGAAAGGAGCGAUAUCCUGCACUGUAUCAGCAUGUGCUUCCCGCAGCUGGAUCCUUGUCCAGCCAGAUUCCAAGAAUACAGUAUGAUUUUCGACAGCAAUUUCCCUCCAGAGAAGAGGUUGCCACGACCAGACAACGCUUGACCCAGAUCAAAUCCGCCAUGGAGCGAUCCUGGGACGCGUACAGACGACGCGCUUGGCUUAUGGACGAAUUGGCGCCUGUGUCUGGCGGCAACAAGACCACGUAUGGCGGCUGGGCUGCCACUCUUUGCGAUUCACUGGACACCCUAUGGAUCAUGGGCAUGAAGGCAGAAUUCAAAGAAGCUGUUGAUGCUAUUGCGGCGAUCGACUUCACUGCAACCACAAUGGAGACCAUCAACCUCUUCGAAACCACAAUUCGCUACAUGGGCGGCUUCCUCUCUGCCUACGACCUUUCUGGAGACAGGAGGCUACUCGAUAAGAGUCUCGAGCUUGCCGAUAUGAUCUACGCCGCCUUUGACACACCAAACCGUCUUCCCAUCUUGCGCUGGGACUUUCACGCAGCUCGCGAAGGCAAAGAGCAAGAAUCGCCUGAAGACAUCAUUCUCGCAGAGAUUGGGUCUUUGUCUCUGGAGUUCACCCGCCUGUCUCAAAUUACCGGCGACUCCAAAUGGUACGAUGCAGUCGCGAGAAUCACAGACAUCUUCGAGGAGCAGCAGCAGAAGUCUUCGCUUCCAGGAAUGUGGCCUUUGAAAGUCAACGGCCGAGCAGCAGACUUUGCUUCAGGAAACACAUACUCACUUGGCGCCUUCUCUGAUUCCAUGUACGAAUACCUGCCGAAGAUGUUCGCACUGCUUGGCGGAUCUUCGCAGUACGCAAAUAUGUACCUUGCCGCAAUGGAUACUGCAAUCAAGCAUGUUAUUUUCAGGCCCAUGAUCAAAGACAACAGAACUGAGAUCCUGGCUUCUGGCACGACUCGUGUAAAAGAGGGAGGGGAAAUCGAGCUCCAGCCGGAGUACCAGCACCUCGUCUGCUACACUGGAGGAAUGCUCGCGCUUGGUGGCCGACUUUUCAACAACCCACAUCAUAUUGAGAUUGGCGAACAACUCACAGAUGGGUGUAUCUGGGCAUAUCGCCAAUUUCCCUGUCUCAUUAUGCCCGAGAACUCGCAACUCGUCCCUUGCCCUACCGACAAGCCCUGCAAAUGGGAUGAGAAGGCCUGGCACGACGCGGUCGUGAAAGACUCCGCCAUUUUCGAUAAUAUGGGCAAAAAUGCCACAACACUGAUCAAGGAAAUGCACAUACCUCCCGGCUUCUCCACGAUUCGCGACGCCAAAUAUCAUUUGCGCCCGGAGGCGAUCGAGAGCAUAUUCCUGAUGUAUCGAAUUACCGGAAACAGCACUUGGCAAGAGAAAGGCUGGGAGAUGUUCCGAAGUAUUCACGCGCACACUCGUACGAAAUUUGCGCAUGCUGCGAUCGAGGAUGUUACGAAUAGGACUGCGCCGAAGAUGGACAACAUGGAGAGCUUCUGGACCGCGGAGACGUUGAAGUAUUUCUAUCUGUUGUUCGACGAGCCUACUCAUAUCAGCUUGGAUGAGUAUGUGUUCAAUACUGAAGCCCAUCCUCUCCGACGGCCUAGCACUGGCAAGACUGGCUGGUUCUCUUGGAAAUGA